GUUCGUGUCGUUACAGCCAGUGAACCUCGCUUCAAACACAAACUUUUCGCUCAGUCGAUUUCCUCAGCCAGAGCAGUUGCGGCAAAAGGUGUUGUUUACCUGCGGAAGCCCACUGAAUUCACCAAAGGACAAAAAAAAAAGGAGACGUUUUCUCGUGGUUUAUAACUGCCCAUGCGCCGCAGAACUAUCUCAUGAUUACGAGGUGAAGAGUGAAGACUCCCGCAACAUGGACGGCUUUUAUGACCAACAGGUCCCUUUCGUGGUCCCAGAGAGUACAUAUCACCCAGAAGAAGCAGAGAAAUGUCUCAGCGACAGGAAAAGGAAGUUCGUGGACACGGAGCUGGCCCAGGACACAGAGGAGCUUUUUCAAGACCUGAGCCAGCUUCAAGAAAUCUGGAUUGCAGAAGCCCAGGUCCCCGAUGACGAGCAGUUUGUCCCAGAUUUCCAGUCCAAUAACUUGAUGUUUCAUGGACCGCCUGUCACCAAAGUGAAACGAGAGCCCAGUCCGUCCAAAGACCUGUCUCCCUGCAGAACGCCUCAAGCUGACAUGUGCCUUUAUAGUUACAGGGCCUGUGACAACAAGCCAGCUCUGACUCCAGCCUCCACACCUGCAGCGCAGUGUGGCUCCUCCCAUCCGACUGGACAUCCACCCUUGCAGAGGCAGCUACAGCCAUCAAGCCCCCAGCUGACCGGGAGCUGCCCUCCGAGCCACGUUCCUGCCCUGAGCCCCUCCCACCACCACAGCCUCCCACCUACCAACCGAAACCAGCAGUUUGCCCUGCCGCGUCCCCCCAUCAGCUGUCCCGGUGCAUCUUUCAGCAGGGAACAAAGGUUCCAGCGGCAGCUGUCCGAGCCCUGCCUGUCCUUCCUCCCUCCAGAGAAGACGACCAACGCACCAUACCUCCCCCCGAGCCGUGACGGGCGCCCACUGUACCAGCGCCACCUCUCAGAGCCCCUGGUUCCCCACGGCCCCCGAGGUUUCAAACAGGAGCUGGUGGACACACGAUACCCAGAGCCGGGGCCGCCCGGUCCAGGUCUGGCCCAGCCCCCGACCACCUUUAACCAUGUCACGAUUAAACAAGAGCCAAGAGACUUCGGCUUCGACUCAGAGGUUCAAACCUGCCAGUCGUCAUCAUUUGGGAAGUCUUCGGUCUUGUACCAGAAUAACAGUAUUGGGUUUGGUCACGACAGAGAGCCACGUUUCUACUAUGACGACACUUGCGUUGUGCCAGAAAGAUUGGAGGGUAAAGUGAAGCAGGAGGGUUUGCCGUACCAGCGCCGCGGCUCCCUGCAGCUCUGGCAGUUUCUGCUCACACUGCUCGACAACCCAGCUAACGGACACCUGAUUGUGUGGACGGGACGCAACAUGGAGUUUAAACUGAUCGAUCCUGAGGAGGUGGCUCGGCUCUGGGGCAUUCAGAAGAAUCGGCCGGCCAUGAACUACGACAAGCUGAGCCGCUCACUGAGGUACUACUACGAGAAGGGCAUCAUGCAGAAGGUAGCUGGGGAAAGGUACGUCUACAAGUUUGUAUGUAACUCAGAGGCGCUUUUCACCAUGGCUUUCCCGGACAACAAGAGGCCGAGCCUGAAGGCCGACCCGGACGCCAUCCCGCCUCCCAGCGAGGAGGACGGCCUCCCCCUCCCCAGCUACGAGGAGGAGGGUCCCUACCUGGCUGACGGAGGGGAGCAAUGCACCCAGGGACUGGCUUUCCCUGACAGCUAUCCGUACUAGACUCUAAAGCCUGGAAGCUGGAGGGAACGUGAGGUAUUUUAAAACAGGAGAAGCCCUGAAAUUACUGAGCAGUGUUUGAGAUUUUCAAAAUGCACACAUACAUUAUGUAUGUCACUGAAAAGAUGAACUUGUCAGACCAUUUUUUUUAUCGAAAGUAAAUGCCUAUUUUGCCGAAAGUUUUGUUUGCAAAUUGAGAGAUCAGAGAAUCUCCGGGGGCCGUUAAUUUGAACUCACCUCCGCGGCAAAAAUGAAAAUCUGUGUACAAAUCUGCAGUAGUUCUGAUUUGGUUUCAUUUGUUAUGACGGGUUGAGGGCCACUGCUAGCAAAAAAAAAUUUGAGUUUUCAAAAAUAAAAUUGUAAUAUUUUGAGAGAAAGUGAUAAUAUGACAUGUCAGGAAAAAGGUAAUGCUUCAAGAUGAAGUCAUAAUUUUAUGAGGUUGAUAUUACGACUGUUCUCUCAAAAUAUUCAAAUUUCAUUCCCGAAAUCUACUUUUUUUUUUUUUUCUUUAAACUAGUGGCAAUUUUGUAGCAUGGCCGUCACUGUAGUCCUCGCAUACCUGAACUCUGGGAUCUCUAUUUCAACCAAAAAGUGUCCAGAAGCCAUGGCACUCCUUUACUGACUGACCCAUCAUCAUUUUUGGGUGAACCUUAUACUGCUUGAAAGGGACACACGUUUUUAGUCCUCCUAUAAACAUGUAUAUUGAAAUGUCUUCUGCGUACGUUUUCUUGUUUCCAAAGCUAAUAUUUUUGGCAUUAUAUGGACUUGUAAGUUUUUCCUAUAACUGUUUUAUGACAAAGGUACUGCUACUAUUUUCGAUUCCGUAAUACUGCCACUCUGAUGCUAACAUCAAGCAUGGACUUUCUCUCAAACAGCUCACCAGUUAUUGUACCGAGACGGUAGUUUUCUGCAUUUUGUAUAGUUGAUUUGCUUCAAUGUGUAGAAAAGGUGUAUAAUUAUAUAUGAAUAUAUUUUUGCUAAAGGCUCAGUUUGCUUGACGUUGUACUAUGAGCUGCAGAGUUUAGCCUGCUAAUGUGUUGAAUCAAUUUCAGCCUCUCCAAGCUGGAAAGACUUGUACCCUUUGACUCUUGCAGAUGGAAACUGGAUGCAAUGGUGUAUUGUGAUGUAUGAUCACAUGUUUGGUAUGAAUGGGGGAUGUGGUGUAUGAUGAAAGCUGGAGAAAGAUACUGACACUGGUGUGAUGUCUACCCUCAGAUACUGUUUGUGUGCCUUAUGUUGAUCUUUACUGAUACAAUAAACUAUUUUACUCUUUUCUUUCACAACAUUGUAGGUCAUUUAGAAUUGAUUUUCGUGACUACGGGGCUGUAUGAAAAAACCUUACCGAUUACUGCCCCAGCAAUGGCAUUUAAUUUUAUUUAAGUCUUAAAUUGUCAAAACAUAAAUAA